AAUGACUGCACUAAAUAAAAAUCAAGAACUUGAAAAGUCUACAGAGUUAAAUUCACUAGAAAGUUGAAAACUUAACAAGUCUAUAUUUACAAAUAUCUCUCUCUUUGCUCUUUUUUAGUACAACAAUUCAAUGAAAAGUCCCAGCAAAUUUUCAGGUGGCCGGAGCACUGCUUCUCAAACUCCUGACCGCGCGAGUAACGCCUCAAGCUCUGCUUAUUCUUCAUCUUCCUCCCAAAGAUCAAAUUCUAGGAGAAACCCUGUAAAAGUUGCUGCAAGAUCUGUUAAAGGAGUUUUUGUGGCUUGUUUUACUCCCCCAGAAUCAGAAAAUACAAGGGAUUUUUCCGUAUAUGAUACCCCUUCUGUUAUUUCGGAUGCUUCGGGUGCUGGCAGUGAGAAGAAACAUCGCAAUUCCAGCAGUUUAUAUGGUACUUCAAAUGAUUCAACACGCUUGAGGGACCCAGGAAUUACAAAGUUUACUAUUGCAGAAAUAUUGAAGGCAACAAAGAAUUUUUCCCCUAAUCUCAAAAUUGGGCAAGGAGGUUUUGGAACAGUCUAUAAAGGACAACUUCAAGAUGGAACCUAUGUUGCUGUUAAACGAGCUAAAAAGAGUGUGUACGACAAACAUUCAGGAGUGGAAUUUCAGAGUGAAAUUAACACUUUAACAGAAGUGGGGCAUCUGAAUUUGGUGAAGUUUUAUGGGUACCUAGUGCAUGAAGAUGAAAAACUUGUUGUUGUGGAAUAUGUUCCUAAUGGAACCCUUAGAGAACACUUAGAAUGCAUGCAUGGCGCUGUACUUGAUUUCGCAGCACGGUUGGAUGUUGCUAUAGAUGUGGCCCAUGCUGUUACUUAUCUUCACAUGUAUAGCGAUCAUCCCAUUAUCCACAGAGAUAUCAAGUCUUCCAAUAUUCUCCUCACAGAGAAAAACCGAGCUAAGGUGGCUGACUUUGGCUUUGCUAGGAUGGUAACUGAUGGUGAAUCAGAUGCCACCCAUAUAUCUACCCAGGUUAAAGGAACCGCCGGAUAUCUUGACCCUGAAUACCUGACAACUUACCAGCUCACUGAAAAAAGUGACGUUUACUCAUUUGGUGUUUUACUUGUGGAACUAGUGACUGGCAGGCGGCCUAUUGAAGCAAAACGAGAACUGAAGGAGAGGAUAACUGCGAAAUGGGCCAUGAAGAAGUUUUCUGAAGGAGAUGCAAUAAUAGUUCUGGAUCCGAGACUGGAAAGAUCUCCCGCAAAUAAUUUUGCUCUAGAAAAGAUUCUUGAACUAGCAUUACAGUGUUUGGCACCUCACAGAAGAAACCGUCCAAGGAUGAGAAGAUGUGCAGAAAUUUUGUGGAACAUUCGGAAAGAUUACACAGAACUGUUGGGUCUCAACACUCCUUCACUCUCCUCUAAUUCCCAAAGAAGCCACUCAAUAAGCGAGGAGUAGCCAAUGUGUAACUUCAACGAAUAAUAUUGGUGCAUUUCAACUUCUUGUGAUUGCUGAAUCAACUCUGCAAGGUAAACACAAUGUGAUUUGAUCCCUAAGCAAAAAAAUCGUUGAAGGAGUUCAAAAAUCAGAUGCAAAGAACGCGCAAUGUUCACUUGUUCCAGAGGAGUGGCACGCUAUUUGUCUCCAGAGUACAUAAGUAAAAUGUGAAAUUUGUUACCGAUACAGCAUACUGCUAUAUUCCUUUCUGAUUGUAUUUAGAUAUUAUUCUUUUGAAGGGCUGAUAUAUAGGAGAGCCAGUAUAUUUUUUUUUUAGCA